AUGCCUGAUUUGCUGAGGCUGAAUUGUGGUGCUGACAUAUAUCUUCUCUUUAAUUACCUUCUCUCACAUCCCGUUUCCUUGCUCAGGCCCACUUUUAUCCGCGUUCUUCGUCUGGCGUACGCUCUUCAUACUCCCGCCCUGCCAACCAGCCAUCUGCCCACAGCUUGUCAAUUGCUUGCCAGUGAUUUGGUUCAGUUCGACGCCGCCUUGGCUCCGACUAUCACAAUCGGGCAGCUGCAGCCCUCUACUCUUCAGCUUUUGACGCCCUGUUUUGAGCGCUGGUUGGCUCGGGCUGAUUUCGCCUCAGCACAUCCAAUCGACCGACGAUGCUUUGGUAUUGCAUGUCUUGUUGGCUUGGUGCAGACUGCUCGAGAGUCUCCAGUGGCUGUGACCACCUCGGUUUCGGGAUCGACUGGCGACACAGAGCUGAUCUACGAACGUCUGGCCAUGGCGGAUACUUUCCAUACUCAAUGGUUGGAGAGGAUCGUAGAUCUCUGCAUUCAGGUAGUUAGAUGGCUCUGCGGCUAG